AUGUGGUCACACUGCUCUCGUCGUUGCAGUGGGUUGCUGCGAGAACGGGUACGUGUACGUCUGCGCCGCGGGCUCGCUGGGUUGCCCUCGCUCAAACCGAUCCAGCAGCAACUGCUCUCGUUACAACCGAUCAAACCUACGGACUCACAGGUGUCCUGUUCCGUGUUCAACGCAGUAGGGCACGUCGUCGCUGUGUCCCAGAAGUUCCCCAAAUGGCAGUUCCUCAGGGAACACAGCUUGUACCCUAGAGACCUUCGCAAACUGGACUCGUCAAACGUCGAGGUCAUCCCAACGAUAAUGACCAAACGCAACUGCAUAGUCGUCAACUUACUCCAUAUCAAGGCGCUCAUCGAACAGGACAGAGUGUUUGUGUUCGACACGGCAGAUAGGAACAGUGCUCUGCUCUUGGGGGUGCUCAUCUACGACCUGGAGUCCAAACUGCGUCCACCACCACAGCAGAUGCAACAGCAGCCGGCGCCCGCACCGGCACAACCGUACGAACACAGAGCUCUGGAGUGCAUCCUCAUCAAUGUCAUGUCCACUCUGGAGACAGAGUUCAAGAAGCAGGCCAGCGUCUGUAAGCAGAUCCUCUUCCAACUGGAGAACGAGGUCAACAGGGACAAGCUUCGAGACUUGCUCGUCAAAUCCAAGAGCCUCACCGCGUUUUACCAGCGUGCGUUUCUCAUCAGGGAGGUCCUCGACGAACUGCUAGAGAGUGACGAGGACCUCGCAGCUAUGUACCUCGCGCCCACGAGGCGCGAGGGGGAUGACUUCGCCGAAUUGGAGAUGCUUAUAGAGAACUACUACACACAGUGCGACGAGUUCGUACAGCAGGCGAUGUCCCUCAUAGAGGACAUCAAGUCCACAGAAGAGAUCGUCAACAUCAUCCUAGACGCAAACAGAAACUCACUCAUGCUACUAGAACUCAAAGUCACCAUCUACACUCUGGGGGUCACGGUCGCCACUUUACUCCCGGCAUUCUACGGGAUGAACCUCAAGAAUUUUAUCGAGGAGUCAGUUGUAGGGUUCAACGCCGUAGUGGUCCUCUCGCUCGCCGCGGGACUAUGGAUCACAAGAACUAACUUCAAAUCGUUGAGAGACGUCACGAAACUCUCAAUGCUCAAGAGAAGACCAGAUACAGCUGUGCGAUCCAUAAAAAGGACGUCACAGGGGCCACCAGUAGUCGUCCCGCAACCAACACUCCCGCAGAAAUUCUCAGCGGCACUCAGGCGCAUAUGGAGAGGGCCACAGUCUACAAGGAAACCAUCCUCGGGAUCCGAAAGAGACUACAUUUGGAAAUGGCUCAUGGACGACAAGAAGUAG